AUGGAUCCAUAUUGCAAUCAAUAUAAUCUGGAUGUUAGUCAAGUUGGUUUUUUGUUUGAUGGGCGUUUCGUCCAAGCCAAGCAGACUCCACACGAGGAUGGGAAAGCAAUUUUUGUUUGUAUUUUUGUUUGUAUUGACAGAAGCACUCAAUUGAAAACGCUAGUGAAGGCUUACUGUGAUCAUCAUUCCGUAGAUCUUAACUCGGUUACUUUCUGGUUUGAUGGGAAUCAACUCCAGGGAGAUCAUUCUCACGCUGAGCAGCUGCAUAUGAAUGAUGGGGAUGAAAUAGAUGUCAUCUUCUAUGAUCCGAAUGCUUACGUCAAGCUCAAAGUCAGCCUCAAUUUCAAGGGCAAGAUUGAGAAUGAGUAUUUCUCCAACGUUCGUAGAAGCAAUCAAUUGAAAAAUCUUAUGGAUGAUUAUUGUCGUCGAUAUUGGUUGGAUAUUGAUGGAGUUGCUUUUCUCUUUAACGGCUGUCUCCUCCGGGCUGAGCAGACUCCUGACGAGCUGCAAUUGGUGAACGGCGAUGAGAUAGAUGUCGUUUUCUAUGAUCAACUUGCACGCAUGAAACUGAAGGUCAAGUGUCAGGAUGAGAAUGAAAUAUUCUUUUCGAUUAACAAAAGCACUCAACUGAAAAAGCUCAUGAAUGCAUACUGUGAUCAUCAUUCCGUAGAUUUCAGCUCUAUUGAUUUUCUGUAUAAUGAGCAUCGCGUACCAGCAGAGCAGUCUCCAGACGAGAUGCAAAUGGAGGAUGGAGAUGAUCAGAUGAAAUAG